AUGCACACACAACGAACGCCGCUACGACUGUGCCUAUGGGCUUUACUGGUCGCGAUAUGUUGGGCUGACCAACUCGCCCCGUUAGCCCAACCAGCGCAGAACCCUUGCUCUAGCAAAACUACCUGCAGCGACUGCAUACGAGUGGAUAGCUGUGCCUGGUGCUUCGCUACCGGAUUCAACGGCCCGAGGUGUUUCGACCCUGCCUUAGAAGGAGGCUCUGCGGGCUGCGAUGAAGCCUACGUCUUCAACCCCGACAACGAGAUGUCUGUAGAUCAUGCUUAUAACAAGGAACUUAGUAAGACAAAACAGCGACUAGUGGCCAGCUGUACCAACGGCCCCAGGUGCUUCGACCCUGACUUAGAAGGAGGCUCUGCGGGCUGCGAUGAAGCCUAUGUCUUCAACCCCGACAACGAGAUGUCUGUAGAUCAUGCUUAUAACAAGGAACUUAGUAAGACAAAACAGCGACUAGUGGCCAGCUGUACCAACGGCCCCAGGUGCUUCGACCCUGACUUAGAAGGAGGCUCUGCGGGCUGCGAUGAAGCCUAUGUCUUCAACCCCGACAGCGAGAUGUCAGUUGAUCAAGCUUAUAACAAGGAACUUAGGAUGCGGUCUCUCUCGAGCUCUAGUUCAGGCUCGCAUGGAGAGUCCGGAUCCUCUGGGUCCGGCGGCAGUGCCGGCGGCCCCAUGCCCGCAGCAGGCUCUGGAGAGAACCUCGUUCAGAUCAAACCGCAGAGGGUCAAUCUGCAAUUACGACAGAAUCAAAUGCAUAAGUUAUCGUUCGUCUACUUGCGUGCCCUAGAAUACCCAUUAGGGCACACCGAGAGCCCUGACAACGUCGUCAACAUGGUGCGGGAGCAGUACAACAAAGUUACUUCGACGGUCGAAAUGACAGACACAUCGAGUGACGCUAUCCAAAUCGUGUAUUAUUCGUCCUGUCUCGACAAAACUAAAGUAAUUCAGACGAAUAAGUGUGACGGAUUAGGGGUGGGUGAUGUCGUGGAGUUUUCGGCUGAGAUUACUUUGAUGGAGUGUCCGAAAGACCCGAGCAAGUGGAAGCAGACAUUCGUCAUCCACCCUGGAGACAUCUCCGAGGGCCUCACUGUGGAGCUGGUGAUGCUAUGCGACUGCCCGUGCGAGCAUCGUGGCCAUCACGCGUACGACGACAGCCCCAACGUGUGCAGCGGGCACGGCAUCUCCACGUGCGGCGUGUGCGCCUGCCAGCCCGGCAGCUUCGGCAAGCACUGCGAGUGUGUUGGCGGCGUCACCGACCAGGGCCUCGGCUGCCGCCCCACCAACGCUACCGGCGCCGAAUGCUCCGGUCGCGGCAGCUGCAUCUGCGGCGUGUGCGAGUGUGAAAAGUUGGCCGACCCCAACGAGGUGAUAUCGGGGCCGUUUUGCGAGUGCGACAAUUUCUCCUGUGAUCGCAACAAAGGUCUUCUCUGCUCGGGCCGGGAUCACGGCGAGUGCGUCUGCGGCCAGUGCCAGUGCAUGCCCGGGUACACAGGCGCCGCCUGCAACUGCCCGAUUGACACCCAGGACUGCAUCCCUCCACAUCAAGGCUGGGCGGAUGCUGAGACACAUGCGACGCGGGCUCAUGGUGAAGGGCUCGAACCCUAA